UGCUGAAGAACUUCCUCCUCCUGCCGAAGACGCCCCUACUGAAGAAGCCCUCGCUGAUGAGUUUGGCGAAGAACCCUCUAGGGACGGAUACAAUGAUACCGGAGGAAGCUCUGUCAAUGGGGUCACUUAUGACACUAGGAGAGGAGGGGUCGACAAACCUCGAGGCGACUACCAGCUCGAACGUCACGAAAAACUUAUUCGAAUGCGCGUGUCGUCGCGACACUUGAUCCUCACUUCACCCGUUUUUCAAACAAUGUUAGACGGGCCAUUCAAGGAAGGCACUAUUUGUGAAUCAGGUCGUCAGAUCAUUACGAGGACGUGGGACGUCGAGGCGAUGACGAUUAUACUAAACAUCAUUCACGGUCGUCAUAGAGAGGUGCCAAGAUCUCUCAGCCUAGAAACGCUUGCAAAACUUGCCGUCGUUGUUGACUAUUACGAAUUUCACGAAGUUGUUGAGGUGUUUGUCGAUGUCUGGCUUAACACGUCGACUAAGGAUCUUCCCACCGCCUAUGGUAAAGAGUCUACGCUUUGGCUGCUUGUGUCAUGGGUAUUUGGUCAAGCUGAGAUAUUCGAGACUAUGACGAGACUCGCAAUGAAGCAUAGCACAAAUGAAAUCGCCAUGAUAGACCUUCCAAUCCCGGGAGAGAUUUUGGGUGAGUUUUGCGAUCACAGACUCUUCAUUUUGCUGAUCAGUCUUGCAGGCAAAAUUGAUGAGAAACGCCAAGAAGCUCUAUCCCUGACCUUCAACUCGCUGUAUGGCUUGCUCGACACCCUUUGCGAUGAAUCCCCUUGUUCUUACGAAUGCUCAUCUAUGCUUCUUGGCUCAUUGAGUAAGGAACUGAAGCGAUACGGGAUUCUGUCACCGAGAGUCACUAAAACAUUCUCUGGUCACAGUGUGAAGACCGUCAUGAAUAUGGCGAAAGGCUUUCGUCCCCUUACUUGGACCCCCUCCGUUGGUUUCAGGGUUUACCACGGCCAUUCCUGUAGCAUCAUCGCACAGAUAGAGCCAGCUCUAGAGGAGAUAGAGGGAGGUUUGCAAGGAUUGAAACUGGAGGAUUAUCAGCGUCCGAUGAACCGGAAAGCAAACUUGUAAUUAACACGGGUAUGAAUGAAUAUAGAUAUUAAUGUUUCUAUUA